UGUUCAUAUAAACAGGGAAGAGUUUCUUUGCAAAUAAUCUGGCAGAAUUUCACUCGACACUUGUUGCAGUUAGUUGAAUCAUUGAAAAUUUCUCAUUCUGGGAUGGUUUUACAAGCUUGUUGCUGUAUUUUAUUUUUGUUUCAUGGUGACCUUUUUGAUAUAACUCUGUUUGCCUUCAUCAUCUUCAGUAACAGUUUCUUGUUUUGGUGAUGGAUGACUUUGUUUGCAUGAUAUUGAUUGAGUGGGGCCUGGAGGACUGGAUAGAAACAUUUAGAGAUCAAGGCAUUGAUAAGGAAAAUCUGUUCUUCCUUGAGGAUCAAGACAUCGAAAAAUUGAUCUCCAAAGUGGGACCAAGAGCAAAUUUCAGAAAUAGAUUGAAGGUGUUGAAGGAAGAACAAAACAGAAAUCCAGACUUAAAGCCUUCCCCUAUACAAAUGAAGCAAGAACAGAAAAACACGACUGGUCAGGCUGAGGUACUGCCAUCCACGAGUGAUAGCGAUUUAAAAACAGGAAAGAGGAAGCUGGAUGAGGAGGAGUCCAACAAAGGGCAGCGACCACCAAAAAGGCAUUGCACAAAUAUGACAAAAUCUUUUCCAGAAAUAAGGAUACUGUCUGAGGUGAAAAAUGUAAUGACACAUGUUCUUGAUAAACUGCGCAGCCAAGACAACACAAAGUUUACUGCUUUCCUGAGGAAAAAGAUCAGAGACCUGGAGACAGAUAAGAGAGAACUGGUUGGAGUUUUUGGUAAAACUGGAGCUGGAAAGACCUCUUUGAUAAAUGCUGUCAUUGAAGAGACGACACUUUUGCCUUCUGGAGAUGUUAAUGCAUGCACUUCAGUCAUGAUUAAAGUGGAGGCCAACAUGUCCAACACAAACUAUGAGGCACACAUUGAAUUUAUCACAAAAGAGGAGUGGAAGGAUGAGCUGUGGUCAAUAAAUCAGUAUGAUGAGGAAACUGCAGAGCAAAAAAAACAUGAUGAUGAUGAUGAUUAUCAAGAUGUUGCUGAAAAGCUGUCUGCAUUUUAUGGAGAAGAAUGGAAACAGAAAUCCUGUGAACAGCUCAUGGACACCAGAUACUUCAGGGAAAUACCAGAAUUUCUUCAAUCCACAAGGAAGAUACUGUCAUGCGAAACAGCAAAGCAGUUAUCGACUAGAAUGAUUAAAUACACAAGAACUGAUUCAAACCAAGGGACAUGUAAUGGCAUAAAGAGGUGGUAUUGGCCACUUGUGAAGUGUGUAACUGUCAGGGUGCCACAUAACAGCUUUCUCCAGCACGUCACUCUUGUGGACUUACCUGGAAAUGGAGACCGUAACAAGAGCAGAGAUGCCAUGUGGAAAGGGAUUGUUGGACAAUGUUCCACCGUGUGGAUUGUGACUGAAAUCAACCGAGCAGCAGCAGACAAAGAAUCCUGGGAGAUUUUGAAAAGCAUCAGUAGCCUCAUUGGAAAUGGUGGCGAGUGCAGUUCUAUUCAUCUUAUCUGCACAAAGUCUGACAUGAUUGAAGAGUCAACUGAUCACUCAGCGGAUGUCCAGUCAUUAAUCCUCGGAAGAAACAUGAAAGCAAAAGAAGCAGUGAGAAAAGAAUACAACAAGCUAAACAAGAUUAAGAAACACUUCGGGGGUGACUGCUUCCAGGUGUUCACAGUGAGCUCCAAGGAGUAUCUAAAACCUAAGUUUCUGAGUCUACAAAAUACUGAAAUUCCCAAACUUCAAGAUGUUUUGCAAAAGCUCAAUGACCGUCACUCUGAGACAUUGAACUAUGUUUCUGGAGCUCGUGGGAUUCUAUCUUUGAUUCAAGGAGCCAACUUCACAAAAAUUCCUGGCAAAAACAAAGAUGUAUGCAAAGAGCUUGAGAGAAACAUGGCCCUUCAUCUUCUCCCAGUUGAAAAAGCUAUGGGAGACACCUGGCGAGUUUUUGAAAAAUGCCUUUCUGAAGGAGUGGAAAAGUCCAAAAGAGAAUGUGAAAAAAUGUUGCGUAACUUCUUAUUUCCUCGGGGAAAGAGUGGUAGAGGAUUUGACAAAACGUUAAAGAGUGUUGUCAAAAAAGGUGGAGUCCACAAACCCAAAAAGAGAAAAGAAAUAGACCUCAACAGGAAACUCACUUCAUUCCUGACUGACAGCAUUGAUGAGGAAUUCAGGAAGACCUUCCCAAAUGAACGAAAAGGUGGUCCAUUUAAUGGUACCCUUAACAAAUUUUCACUUGGCACUGAAAAUCUGAAGCAGAAGUACAAAGAUGUGCAACUGCAGCUGAGAUUUCUUAAGACCGAGGAGGACAAAAUUAAGGUGAAACUGAACGCAAGGAUUAGAGACCAAAAGAAGAUCAUUUACAACAGUCUGACACAGACAACUGAGGAACUCAUGGAAGAGUGCUACAAGACGGCAGCAGGGUUCUCCGGUCCUGGUAUGCUGGAAAAAAUGAGAGAAACACUAACAAAACAUGUCCAUGAAACAAAGGACACCAUGUUUGUGAAGGCUAAAGAUGUCAUGAUGAACCACCUCCUGAGCUUAAGGGUGGAAAUCCUGGAAACAGUGAUGGACACUUUAAAAACAUCCAUUGACCACUCCCUCAGGACUGACAGCUGCUCAGUUCUAGACGUAUCAACAGAGCUUGCGACGGUGCAGAACUUCUACAAUGAUCUGGUAAACAGCUCACAUUAGGAAAGCUCAUGAAAAGGCUUCCCUGAAGAAGACACGAAAAAUGGUCACCAUGAUAAAUACUGAACAAGCUUUGAUUCAUGAUUGUAAAACUAAUUUACUACUAUUUUUAUAUCCUUCUGGUCUGUGACCCAUUUUGUGUGAAAUAAAAGUUUGUAUAGUAGUCUUGAUAGUUAUUGCAAAACACUUUAUUUUUUUAGCUUUGAUUAUUUUGUAAUUGAAUUUUGCUUGUUAGACACAAAAGACCCCAAAAGUACCCUGGUUGAACUAAACCAUAGUUUUGUAUUAGAAGCCAGAAUUCUACCAUUGUGUAAUGAAAAUAUUAGAGAUGAUUUUAGCUGUUAAUGUUGUUUUUAUUUGUACUUGUUUGUUGUUGGUGGUAAAGGCUGAAAUAAAUAAAACAACCUCUUGGAA